AUGGGUGUCCAAGGCCUCUGGACAGUCGUGCAGCCCUGCGCCCGCCCGACUAACCUCGCCACCCUCAACCGUCGGCGUCUCGCCGUCGAUGCCUCCAUCUGGAUCUACCAGUUCCUCAAGGCCGUCCGCGACAAGGAGGGCAACGCCCUGCGCAACAGCCAUAUCGUCGGGUUCUUCCGCCGCAUCUGCAAGCUGCUGUGGUACGGGGUAAAACCCGUCUUUGUCUUUGAUGGCGGCGCUCCGGCCCUGAAACGAGCAACGCUGCAGGGGCGCCGGCGGAGGCGGGAGGGCCGCCGUGAGGAUGCCGCUCGCACCGCAGGGAAACUCCUCGCUGUGCAGAUGCAAAGAAUUGCCGAGGAGGAAGAGGAGAAGCGCAGAAGACGCGCGGCGGCUGCAUCGGCCGAGGUUGAGGAGGAGCAGGAGCAGCUCCCCAGCAUGGAUCAGAUCGUGUACGCGGACGAGCUGGGCAUGUCGAAGCAGGAGCGCCAAAAGAACCGGCGGUUCCACAAGCAGGAUGCCUAUCACCUGCCAGACCUGCAGAACGGCAUUGAAGGCAUGGGUAAGCCGAACGAUCCGCGCAUCAUGAGCGUAGAGGAAUUGGAGGAAUACGCCAAGCAGUUCCACAACGGCGAGGACAUCAACCUUUACGACUUCAGCAAGAUUGACUUUGACGGCGAAUUCUUCAAAAGCCUUCCGGCUGCUGACAGAUACAAUAUUCUGAAUGCUGCGAGGAUACGGAGCCGCUUGAGAAUGGGGUUGAGCAAGGACCAGCUCGACGGCAUGUUCCCAGACCGCAUGGCCUUCUCAAGGUUCCAGAUCGAGCGAGUCAAGGAGAGAAACCACCUCACACAGCGCCUGAUGUACGAACUAGGCAUGGCGGGCACCGACUUGACCAUGGGGGUCAACCGCAUCGCCGGUGAUAGGAGUCGUGAGUACAUUCUUGUCAAGAACGAAGGCGCCGAGGGAGGCUGGGCGCUCGGUGUUGUUAGCAAAGACAAGGACAGGGGCCAGAUCCACAAACCAAUCGACGUUGACGAACUGGAAUUCCAAUACCAGGGACAGGAUGAUGAGGACGAGUGGGAAGAUGAGGAGUUUGAGGACGUUCCCAUUGAAGGUCUGAAUAGGCUGCCCAAGCUUCGAGUCGAUGAUGCAGACGAAGCUCUCUUCGUCGACAACGGAAAUGAAGGCAGCCUCUUCGACGAUGACCGGGUCCAACAGGAUGAAGACGAGGGCCUCAGUCGAGCCAUCGCUCUAUCACUACAGAACCAGCACAGCGCUGAGAAGCCCAACCAGGAGGAUAAGGAAGAAGAUGAGGAAGCUGAGGAGACGCCGGCCCCUGAAUGGAAACAGAAGGCGGUCGAGCCACCGAGGCCCAUCGUUAGCAUCACUGGGCGAAUGGUGGCGCAUAUCGUGAACAACCGAGCGAGCGCUGCCGUGCCUAAGCGCCGGGGCAGCGAGAGCAGCGACAGUGACGUCGACCUCCAGUCAGCUCUGGCUGCCGCGAGGAAGAAGCAGCCAAAGGCGCAAGCAAUGUCAAAAUCGGCACCAGCACCAGCACCCAUCAAGCCAAACGUGAAGAAUCGUUUUGAUGGGCCGCUCCCAUUUGAAAAGCUCGACUGGUGCGCUGCAUUUGGCGGGAAACCUGUGCGUCAGUCAACAGAGAAGCCGAAGAAGUCUCAGGAGAUUGAGACUGGUGACCUGGAAGCUGUGUCGGAUGAUGAGGCUGGGGGAUUCGAAAAAGAGCCCUCUGAAGAAACCGUUGCGGACAAGAAGAACGACAAGCCGCGUCCGCUGCCCCCAUGGCUGACGGAUGACACGGAUAUUCGAGAAUCCGUGAGGAAGCAGCAAGAGCUAGAGAGGCAGUUGAAUGAGGAGACCGAAGAGGAUGAACUUCGACUUGGCAAGAGCCAAGACGACGUCAUCGAGAUCGAGUCAUCCAGCGACGAUGACAGCGACAUUGAGAUUCUGGAUGCGCCUCCUCAAGCUAGGCAGACCUUUGCUAGCUUGCCAGGAGCAAAGGAUGAAGAAAUGGAGUUUGAAGAUGUGACCAUGCCUGCCGAACUUGAGCGGGCUGCCGAGGCGCCUACCCAUGAUAAUGACAUGUCUGAAGAAGCGCGCAUUGAAGCGGAACUCUUUGGCAACCACACGCUCCCUCCGGCGCAACAAAUACGGACCGAAGGACUGGCCUCAUCCAACGACGAUACCCUUGUUGACCCAGAUGCUCCCGGCCCCGAGGAAUUCGAGGACUUUAGUGACCCCGAAGAAGAGGAGCUUCUGGCACAGAUGGCCGAGGAGGCCCAAGAACACGCCCGGUUUGCCAGCCAGCUCAACAACAAAUCUCAGCGGGAAAACCAGGACGCCUACGAGCAAGAGCUGCGGGCGCUCCGCACCCAGCAAAAGAAGGACCGGCGCGACGCAGACGAAGUCACGCAGGUCAUGGUGGCCGAGUGCCAGGCUCUCCUCGCCCUCUUCGGCAUCCCAUACAUCACGGCGCCCAUGGAAGCCGAAGCGCAAUGCGCCGAGCUGGUCCGCCUCAACCUCGUCGACGGCAUCGUCACCGAUGACUCGGACACGUUCCUCUUCGGCGGCACCCGCGUCUACAAGAACAUGUUCAACAGCAACAAGUACCUGCUGGGGUCGGACUACACCGAAGGGCUGAUCGGCGUCGGACCGGUCACGGCCCUCGAAAUCCUUUCGGAGUUCCCCGGCCGCGAUGGCCUCGCGCAGUUCAGGGACUGGUGGCACGACGUGCAAAACCGUGGUCGGCCUAAGGAAGCAGACGCCGACUCGCCGUUCCGCCGCAAGUUCCGCAAGGCCCAAGCUACGAAACUGUUCCUCCCGCUCGGGUGGCCCAACCCGGCUGUUGUUGACGCGUACCUCCACCCGGAGGUCGAUAGUAAUCCCGAGCCGUUUCAGUGGGGCGUGCCGGACCUGGAUGGGCUUAGAAGGUUCUUGAUGAGCACCAUUGGCUGGAGCCAGGAACGGACCGACGAAGUACUGGUGCCGGUGAUUCGGGAUAUGAAUAAGCGGGAUGUGGAGGGGACGCAGAGCAAUAUCACACGGUUCUUUGGGGGUGCGGUGGGCGUCGGGGUGAAGGAGGCGUUUGCGCCGAGGCAGAGGGGGGCGGCGGGCAGUAGGCGGAUGGCGGACGCGGUUAGUCGGUUGAGGGCGAGGACUGGUGGUGGCAGCGGUGGGGAUCCGGGGCAGGGGUGGGAGAUCCCUGUGGCUGCCCCGCCAGUCCCGAAGAAGGGUAGGAAGCGGAAAGCGAAGGGAGUGGCAGCCGAUGAUAGUGGUGAUGAUGGGCCGGAUAAGCACGGCAAGGGUGAAGAGGUGGAAGACGAGGACCAGGAUGAGGAUGAAGGGGCAAGCUCGAAGGGAAAGCGCAAGAGGAAGAGGGCUGGCGGGGCAGCUGGGAAGGGGAAGAAGGCCGUGGAGUUGAGGGUGAGGAUGAGCAGUGUAGGAGCAAGUUAUCAACAGCCGGCACGUUUUCAAUACCGGAUUAUAAAACAUCACAACAUGAGAGACGACAUAUUGACCGCCAUGCUGGCCAUGGCUGGCACAGCACAGAGCGCCGUUAAGCCAAGCAAAGAGCUGUGUCAGGGGACGAGUUACCUGGAGGCAGGCAUCUUCUACUGCCAGAAAGUGCAGCAGGUUACGUAUGAGAUUGUGGGCAUGCUGGGCGAGCCGAGCCAGUACCAAGAGGUAACUCACAUGGAUCAGCAAAUCGGGAAGUGCCAGUUUGCCCUAAGACAGAUUUCAGGCCCUUUUGCGCCUUUCAUUGCGCCUUUAUCCCUCCACUUCCGCGAGCCGCUCAACCUGAAGCAGAUGGCCGUGUAUAUGCCUCUGAGGCAACGCUCAACCUCCAUCGAGAAACAACGCCGGGGAUCCGCCAUUGGCCACUACCAACCACAUGUUGAGGGGUCUGAAAACCAGACACAGUGGACUCCUCCGGUCAUCGACUACUGGAACUACAGCAAUCCACUGCCACACGGCGAAAACGUUACCCGGUCCCCCGACGGCGCUUUUACUGAAACCACGACUUCAGUGUUCACAUUCAUUGUCACCUCCAGUAGCGAUCAGUAUGACACCACAGUUACUGUAAGGACUACAAUGGUCGUUACGACAACUACAACCUCCCCGUCGACGGCCAAGGCUACUGGCGGGCAGAGCAGCGGGACCAUUACGAUACAAGCACACUCAAUGACCACUCUGCUUUCGGGCAUCAGUUCUGCGACGAGCUCGGUAUCUUCAGGCAGCCCGAGCAGCGCAGGAAUUGCGACUGCUACGCCAUCCAUGACCACCGUGUUCGCCAGUGUCAGUUACAAUCCUACAUCCAGAUCCAUACUCAGCCCAGUUCCCGGCUUCACAAAUAGCAUUAGAUCCUACAAUGUUGUGCCCGUCAGCGGCCCUCAACCCAGCGCCUCUCCCGUAUUGAACCCCGGCGGCGGCAGCGCCCUCACGCACGAGUUUGUGCGCAUAGGCUACUACAAUGCAGGCCAGCAAAAGGCCGAGGGAGUCAUGUUCCUGGGCAACUACGAUGGCCAAGGCUCCGGCAUAUAUACGGAGAAAUUUGGCAACAGCCUCUCGUAUCUCAAAGUAGACGGCACAGGCGGCGCCUCAGGCCCGACAAUCCUCAAGGGCACGCACCGCCUCUCCUCACAGGAAGCGGCCCUCGUCACAGACCAGCCGUGUGACGAAACUUGCGGCUACAUCCAGCGGGGGGCUGUGGCUUAUAUGCAACUGCUGGCCCGGGUGCGGCGAGGUGUGUUUGAGGUGUCGUCCCCGGGCAACGACAAGGCGACAACGUCGGUCAGGGCUGCCGGGUCUGAAGGCGGGGAUGCCAACUAAUUCGAGAGGCCUGUGGACAUCAACAAACCGGUGCGGUUGCCGUUGUGAUGGAUGGGGAACGGGGGAAGUCAGUGUGAGCAUUUUG